CCUGACACUAACAAGGCUGUGCUCUUCACCGAUCCGCCUUUUCUUCCUCACAUAUAAAAGCCACUAAACCGCGGCACAGUUAUGCUGCUCAGAGGAUCCCGUGUGUUCAGUUUCAUCAGACCGCUUCAUACUACGUCCAGUGUAAACAUGCCCAUCAAGGUUGGAGACAGUCUGCCAGCGGUGGAGGUCCAGGAAGGAGAACCAGGAAAUAAAGUUUCCAUUGCACAACUCUUUAAAGGGAAAAAGGGGGUACUGUUUGCAGUGCCAGGUGCCUUUACUCCUGGAUGCUCCAAGACGCAUCUCCCAGGAUUUGUGGCUGACGCUGAAAAGCUGAAGAGCAAAGGUGUGCAGGAGGUGGCGUGCGUCUCUGUGAACGACGUGUUUGUCAUGGCCGCAUGGGGAAAAGAACACGGCACGGAUGGCAAGGUGCGAAUGCUGGCUGAUCCCACAGGAGCCUUCACUGCGGCAGUAGAUCUCUUUCUGGACAAUGACGACCUUUUGAAGGUGCUUGGCAACAAGAGGUCAAAGAGAUACGUAAUGAUUGUUGAGGACAGCGUGGUGAAGAAGCUUAAAGUGGAGCCUGAUGGUACUGGUCUGACCUGCAGCUUGGCCUCCAACGUCCUCUCUGAUCUGCUCUAAAGCACAGACUGUACCAGAUUCUACACAGAACCACUAUCAACUUUAAUCUCUUUGUUCAUUUGUAGUUUCAGUUUUGCAUCAGUUAAAAAAAAUGCUGUGUCGGUGGUGAUGCAACCAAAGAUAGCAUAGCGGUACUGUAAUAAAGGACGUUGUACAGUUCAGCGAGACAUCGACACACAAUGUGACCUUCAAACGCACAAUCAGAAAUUCUGAACUGCACAAUACUAUUUGCUUUUACAUGUUAUGUCUAAAAUAAUAAACAAAAUCUUGCAUUACA